AAAUCCGGUGCCACGUGCUGCCAGCGGUGCUGCGGGGCUCCUACGUGUGCUCGGCGGGCGUGCAGAUGGAUUCCCGAUGUGACUACACCUGCCUGCCCGGCUACCAGCUGGAGGGGGACCGGAGCCGUGUCUGCAUGGAGGAUGGCCGCUGGAGCGGGAGCGAGCCAGUCUGUGUAGAUCUGGAGCCCCCCAAGAUCCGCUGUCCCGACUCCCGGGAGCGCAUAGCAGAGCCGGGCAAGCUGACUGCCACCGUCUACUGGGACCCUCCCCGCGUCAGGGACUCUGCAGACGGUGUCAUCAAGAGGGUGAUGCUGCGGGGCCCGGAGCCCGGCUCGGAAUUCCCCGAGGGAGAGCAUGUGAUCCGCUACACCGCCCACGACCAGGCUUACAACCGAGCCAGCUGCAAGUUCAGCAUCCGCGUCCAGGUGAGGCGCUGCCCCGUCCUGAGGCCGCCGCAGAACGGCUACAUCUCCUGCACCUCCGACGGCAACAACUACGGUGCCAGCUGCGAGUACCUGUGCGACGGGGGCUACGAGCGCCAGGGCAGCUCCGUGCGGGUGUGCCAGGCCAGCCAGCACUGGACGGGCUCCCAGCCGCUGUGUGCCCCCAUGCAGAUCAACACAGAUGUCAGCUCGGCCGCCAGCCUGCUGGAUCAGUUCCACGAGAAACGCCGACUCUUCGUCAUCUCGGCCCCGGACCCCUCUAACCGCUACUACAAGAUGCAGAUCUCCAUGCUGCAGCAAGCUGCCUGCGGCCUGGAGCUGCGCCACAUCAGCACGGUGGAGCUGCUGGGGCAGCCCCCGCACGAGCUGGGGCGGAUCCGGGAGCACCGGCUGUCCCCCGGCAUCAUCCAGGAGCUCAGGCGCUUCCUGCACCUCACACGCUCCCACUUCAACGCGGUGCUGCUGGACAAGGCGGGCACCGACCGCGAGCGCUUCAUCUCCCCGGUGAGCCCCGACGAGCUCUUCAUCUUCAUCGACACCUACCUGCUGAGCGAGCGUGAGGCGGCCAGGCGGGCACAGAGCGGGGACCCCUGCGAGUGAGCCAGCCCCGGGGAGACCCCCGCCCUGCCCCGCGGGGAUGGACCUUUCCUUUCUGCUUUUCUAGUCGCCACCGUAGAGGAGGAGCAGGGCCCGGGGAGCUCCGGGGCAGGGGAGCCCCUCUCUGGCCCUUGUGGCACACAGAGGUGAGCCAGGAGCGGCUGCCAGCAGUGUCCCUCUGCCCAGCAGCCAGGAGCUGUUUCCAGCUGGGGAUGGGUCGGGACCCUGGCGGGAGACACUGGAGUGUCCCUGCUCAGAUCCAGGGCAGGGGGAGACGGGGAGCCAGGGGAGAGUGGCAGGGCAGGGAGGGCAGGCUGGCCAGCAGUGUGACAGCCCUAACACGGCAGCUUCAGCCUCCCCACGGCUCACCCUGGGCACAACCUGGACCCGAUGCCUCCCACUCUGAAAGCCUUUAUUAAAAAGCAAAUGGUCCCACGCUCAGCAGAGCCCACAGCAGCCAGCCAGCGUCCAGUCCCCACUCCAGUGUCCCCUGCCACUGCCUCCCUCUCCCACCACCCACAGGGAACCCUUUCUAGGAGCUGCUUUGGCAGUAGAAUAUUAACUUGAAAUAAAUAAAUUUGUAUAAAAAGUCAGUGCUAGCACAUGUGUCACUGAGAGGCCUGGGAAACAAAUGUUUCCUGGAGACCACAAUCCCCAGCCCUCCCAGGCUGACCCCACACAGUUCCAUCCAUCCAGUGCCACAGCUGGGGCUGGGCUGUGUAUGGGGAAGAGGGUGGAAAGGAGAGAGCAGACCAUGGAACAGGGUGGUAGGAAAAAG